UUGGUUAGCAUUCGUGAAUAUCGAAUUUUGUUGUGCUAAAGAGACAAAUUCUUGCAGUUCCGGUCAACCAUAAAAAUUUCCCGUGAGAUGUUAAGAUGGCUACCUACUGGGAACUAGGGCGGGAUAUCCUUUUAAGGUACUCGGUUGAAAUUGUUUUUUUCUUUGUCCGGCGUAGGUCAAACUUUAGUGACAUGUGCUAACCUCCGUAUUUUGUUACAGGAUGGGAAUGUAAUAUAUUCUGAACUUAACCUAACCUAUAUACGUGACCUAAUGUAAUCACACUUCUUCUUAAUACAACCACGUUAUUAUGUAGAAACGUAGAUUGGUUGUAGACAUUUGAAACGCCGGUUCUGAAACCUUUGGUCAUUCUUGGAACAUUUUUAUGGAACCUGAGUUGACUAUUACAUUUAAUCAUUUGCACGCGUCGAGUAGCAUGCUGUUAGCGGCGUAAAUCUUGGAGGUUCGCUGGCCGCCAGACAAAAUGACGGACGGAUGAAUGCAACAGCAAGGUCAGCGACCGCGUGGUGUCAGCUUCCAUCAUAAACGUCAGGUCGUACCUAUUCUUUCUUUUGUUAAAUGGAGUCAUGCUAAAACUUCUAUUUUUAUAUAUUGUUUUUUUUAAAGGAUGCGUUACAUUAAUUGUUGGUGGUGAUUCGGAUAUACCGUUCAGAUUACAAUAAGAUUUAGAGAUAACUAGACCUCUUUCGUGAGUGUUUAAAAUGCAACGUGUUUGUUGUCCCUUUAGUAUAAACGUGUGUAAUUGCUAAGCGAACUUAAAUGGAAUCAUCCUUGUGGAUUUGGCUGGUAGCGAUGUGAAUUCAUAACUUCUAGUGCGUUGUUCGACGGACCCACUUUAAAUACCUAGCCGUGGCAGUGGUUUGGUCAACAAAAAUCCAAACGCUAUAUCGACACCAUCUAAUCCCCAAAGGAUUGGUAUAAUAAAACAAAUAUUUGAGAUAACCACUGUUUAUUUACAAAGUAUGUACAAAGUAACUUAACAUUUAGGAAACCUGGUUUUUUUAUGUAAUUUAACCCAUUAAUAUUUUGUCCUUUUAGGGUUUCUCAAGGGUUUAGCAUUACUUUUAUAUUGUAAAAAAAAGGUUCAUCUAAAAAUAUAGAAGCCAAAUACCGGUGAUUACUGUAAAAGUGUUUUUUUUGUUUACUUAACCCCGCAUCCUCCUACGGGUAUAGAUCCGAAAGCCAGAAUCUCGGUGGUAACAUUUGAGAUUCUGGUCUACAAGCUGUAUGUUUGGCUGGUGACGCACUAGAAAUUUCAUCCAAAUCGUUUCACAAAAACCGGCACAAACUAUAAGGCUUGCAGUGGCGCCUGGGGAUUUUUUUAUUAAUCCUAAAGGAUCUGUACAACGUGGGAGAGAAAAGGGAAUAAUAGAAUCAUCCGAACACCACUCUAACAAUAUUUUUUUUUUGUUUUCUGUUCCAAUUUCUAUUACUAUAAGAUUUUGUUUCAGCAUAAGCUUAAUAUAAAAUAACCCAUGAUCAUUUUUUUUGUGAUGGUGUAUUUGGCAUAGUUAGUUAUGUUUAUAGAGAAAUUUAAUUACUGAAUUUUUAGUUAUUAUUGUUAUUUUAAGUAACUCAAUAUUAAUUUAAUGUUUUAAAAAAUAGUUGUACCAUCACCAAUAAAUAAUGUCAGGUCAUAAGGAAAUACAGUUUCACUCUUUGAGGAAGGAUGAGCUGGUAUACGAGGUCUCGAUCAGAUCCGAGACUCCGGGUAGUACUGUAGAUGAGCUUAGGAGGCAGAUGCGAGGCCUCAUGAUUGAGUGCCCCUCGACUGCCAUAUUAGAAACAAAUAUAGACAGCAACACCGAAUUAGUAAUAAUUAAUGAUAAGUUAAAUGAACUAGCCACAAUUAUUGAAGGAUGGGGAAAAUCAGGUGAUAGGGGAUCUAUAGCAAGGGCAGAGGCCCUAGCCUAUCACCUGUUUCAUAGAGUAAACAGAUUGAAGGUCGACGAAUCAGCUAAGGUUUCAGCCAAGGUCGGGGAGGCCAGACUGAGAUUAGGAAAAUUUAUUGCAAUCAUUGAAGCGCCUGGAAAAAAUGUUUCAGAACAAUUGUCUACAUCUUCUAAGCCAUCACCUUCAGCGGAGGCUUCGGAAAUAGAGUGCUCCGGGGACAAAAACCUGGCGAAGUGGAACCUAAAAUUUAAUGGCUCCACCGAUCCGCGCUCCUUCGUCGAACGAGUGGAGGAGCUUCAGCUUUGCUACGGUGUCUCUGAGGCUAAACUCUUCAGGUCGGCGGUUCAGCUGUUUGAAGAUCAGGCACUACUCUGGUACAGAGGUAUCAGAGAUCAGAAGCUUCUAGAAGACAUGAAUAACAGAAGUAUGUUCGCGGUGGUCUUCCUCUGCGUGGUCGCAAGCGUGAUGCCCAACCCUGUGAGGCGUUCUCCAGACCUAGAAGCAAGGCGUAGAAGUUCAAUUGACAGAAGUAUGAUAAGAUUUGGAAGAUCCUAUCCACCAGAACCUUCAGCUGCAGAUCUCCGCGAAGCCUUCCAACGACCCACACGUAAAGGCAACAGCUUUCUCCGCUUCGGCAGAUCCCAGCCCAUAACCUUCACGACCGACGACCUCAUAUCCCUCCUCAGGACCUACGAAGACGACUACGAAAUCCCAACUUCAAAACGCGUGUCCAACUUCGUAAGACUCGGAAGAGACCCCAAAUUCAUCAGGCUCGGCAGAUCCACAGAUGAAGAGAAACUCGGCUACGAGCAAAGUUCCAAUUUGGUAGUUAGUGGAUACCCGGAGAGGAAACACAGAGCUAGAGACCACUUCAUCAGAUUAGGUAGAGAUAGCGAGGAGUUGAAUAGAGAUGAAGAAGAGAUCGGAGAGGAGAGGGAGAAGAGAUCGACUGAUUGCCACGAUUGCUAAGUUUUAUCCGAUUGAUCCGAUUCAGAUUUUUUCAGUGCCAAGGAUUUAGUGCCAUAUUAAUAAAACAAGGUUAGUUAUAGAUUCUAUAGAAUAAAGUUACUGUUUUUCUUUCAUGACAUUUAUUGGCAAAUUAUGACUCUUUCAAUUUUCGACUCCAGUCCUUCAGGCGUACUUCUUUACUGCAACGUAAAAAUAAUAUGUUAUCAAUAACAAUUAGAUUCAAUUAAAUAUAAUCAGGGAUCCGUAGAAAUUUUUUUACAACUGAUUACUUAGAAGUUAAUUUUUUGGGAGUAGCUUCUUCUCGAUGUGACGAUCAACUUUUUUAUUUACGAAAAUUUGUGAUUCUGGUAGCUAACUUACCAGGAAAAUUUCUGAGCGUCGGAACGAGAUAAUGUAUCACGCAAUUUAUAGAACAUUGUGGCUGUUAAAUUGUAUAACUAUUAAUUAAGCAACAGUAAAAAAACAGAUGAAAAAAGCAGAAAAUUUUUGCUUAAAAUAAAAAAGUUGAUCGUCGCAUCGAGACGAAGCUUAUCACGAAAAAUUUACUUGUUAGUAAUCAGGAUUAAAAAAUGUUCUACGGAUCCCAGACUAUUAUAGUGAUUAUCAUUUACCUACUUCCAAUUUUAUUCUAAGUUUCAAGCAGGUUUCCAAAGGCCCUGGGAUCGAUUUUCAGCUCGGUGUCAAUUUUGAAUUUAUAAUUAUCUUAAAAUUCACUAAUUCUAUUGUUGAAUUCGUCAAACCUGUCGACAAAGAAGAUAUUUAAAAAAUCCAAUUUUCUACUUCAAAAUAUUCGAUGAAAAGUUUAAAGUAUUCGAUUAUACCAAACAGGAGUCACGUUUAAAAAUGAAAGUAAAGACCCUGCUUUUUUCUAAGCUAGUCAUUUCUGUCGCUUUAAAAUCAAAAUCAAAAAUACAUAUAUUUCACUUACAAUUAAUUUACAAAUACUUUUGAAACGUCAUGUCAUGUUUUAAUUGUGGUAAUUAAAGUUACGAGGGUUCCAAAUGCGCCUUGGUCCGAGAAGAGCCCACAACAAACUCAGCGUUAUAAAAACCGUUAUAAAAAUUAUAACGGUUUAAUGUAUAUCUAUACCAGUAACAUUUAAAAACAAUUAAACCAGGCGGGUCUUUUGAAAGAUGAAAACCAUAAUGGCCCUUUUUUAAUGCAUUGAAUAUAACAAUUACUUUGAGAUUUAAAAGCUUUGAAUGUACCAGUGUCACAGUUUUUACAUUAAUUAUUUUUAACUGGAAAUGCACACAUUGUUUUCAAAAAUUAUUGCGUAGUCUAUGAUGCAAAAUAUGUGACGUCACACUGAAAAUAAAAGCAAAUAACAUGCACUCAUUAAUAAACAAUAUACAAUAUGUGAAUUUGAUAAGGUUCCAGGGAAAUGUUUUUUUUUUUUAUUUUGGAUAUCCAAUUUGAAUUUACUUGUAUGAAUAACAUUGGAUGUAUAUUUGACGUAAUAUUAAUGUUAAUUAAAUAACUGUAUUUAUUUAAUUUAUUGAAGUUGUUAAUUUAAGUAUUGACUAAAAUCCAAUAUUUUAAUGUUAGAUAAUAAAUUUUUUACUUUUUUUUAACUUUCCUAUAAAUAAAGCUACAUUCCAAAAAAAAUGUAUAUUGUUAUGAAGUUAACAAAAAAUGUAUCCAUAAAUGUUUGUACUAUUAUUGUAAUUUAAAAAAAUGUGUAAUAUUUUGAAUAAGAUAUUUUUAAUAAACUUUUAAUUAAUGAAAAGUUGAUGUUUCUUGAUCUCUAUUUAAUAGAAUUAAAGCAUAAUACGCUUCAAUAUCGACUACUAUUAUAAUUUUGACUUGUUUUUGUAUUUUAUACGUGGUCUGUAAUUAAUUAAUUUUUAUUGAUAAUUAUUUAUUUAAUAUCAAUAAUUGCUUUAAUCCAAAUUUAUUUUCCAACUAACUUACUCAUCUUAUCUUACGAAUAUCUCUUUAAAAUUACAUUAGGUAAAUAUAAUUUAUUUCUUCUCUAUGAAGACUUACAUUCCUUGUUGUAAAUCUUGGUAGAAUUUUAUAAGAAAUUUGUAUUCUACUUUAAAGUAAAUACGUAAUAAUAGUUUGCUAUUAUUUAAAUGUAUCAAAGGAUUUUAAAUGAAAAUAUAAUCUGUACACACGCUUGCAAAAAAAGUGAAUAUAAAAAAUAUCCUCUGCCAAUAUCAGAGUGCCAUACUAAUAAAUAGUAUUACGUUUAUGACUUGAUGAUUGAUAUUGAUGCUCAUAUCUCUAUACAUUUUUACAUUUUGACUUCACAAGUUGUCGUGUCACUUGUGAAAUCAAAGUGAAGUGAAGAAGUGAAAGAAUAUCCACCAACAUCAGUGAAGUUUAUCUAAGAAUAACUGUCAUACUCAGUUCAUUUUAAAAACCAAGCUAUUUCCAAUUUUCACAUUACGUGUGGUCAUUCUAGUCGUACUUUUAAAAGAACAACCCAAUUAUUUUGCACAUUUUCUCUAUGAAACUGGAGGAGCGCUGGGGAAACAGAAGCAUGUAAAAAUUAAAAAAAAAUUAAGCGAAGAAACCGCAAUUCUAUUGGAUCACAAGUAAAAUUAAUCGCAUCAUUCCACUAUCAAGUACCUACUACUAGUAACUAGUAAUAUAAAAAACUUUGUAUCAAUCACGGACUUAAAACUACACAAUAAAUUAAGUGUUUUUUUUUUCGUAAAAAUGGCAUGUUUUAAAAAGGCAUUUUUAAAUGUUCCCCUUAUUUUGAUACAAAGUGUAUUUAAAGUUUCCGUAGCUUCACAUUAAUUGAGUAUUAGUUUUCCCUUAACAAUGGCUCCUGAUAUUGUUUUAAAUAGAUGUUUUUAAGUGUUCCCCUAAUUUUGCUUGUAAGUGUAUUUUAAGCUUCCGUAUUCGCUAACUUAAAUUAUACCGAAAUAAAACUACGUAGAAUUAUGUAUUAAUUAUGUUAUUGUACAAGAUAUAUUUUUCUUAAAAACCUACUUUAAGUAUUAACUAAUUAGGCUAGGAUCUUGAGCUCUUAGAUCCGAGUUCUGCAUCGGGCUAUGGAAAUAAUACUUUUUUUUUCUAAUACGGAAGUUUAAAAAUAAUACAAAAAUACGAUUUUGUAAGGCUGGGCUAUAAAAUCGUAUGUAGCUAACCCAAAUCUGAAACACUAAAGUAGAUUUAAGUAAAAUAUCUGUUAACCAAUGUUAAAUAAAGAAAUAUUUUAAAAAUAAAUAUUAUUAUUGUUACGAUUAAAAAUAAUGCAACGGUGUCAAUAUUUUCCUGAUGUCUUUAUUUUAAAUAAACUCGUUACAUCAAUACUUA